AAGAGUAUGAGCACUGCCUCUUGUACAUAAGGCUGGGAGUAACAUCAGAACACAGUGGGACGUCCACAGGAGAUCUUCCAGGAUGAUUGUGAAAAAAGCAUUAAAACCAUCCCUGAUGUUUAAUGAGUCCUCCAACAUGAAAUUAGGCGUGAACAAUCAAAAAGACGUCAAAACGUUUCAAAUCUUAGGGGCAAUUUUGAUGCUUGCUCUUGUCCUGAUGGCUGUUUACUUCAUGAGUGUGGACAGCACAGUUGAUCCUAAUGGAGAAGAAGCAGCAGUUGUCAACAUUUACAUAGAGCUGGAGGAGGAAGAAGAACUCAACAGAGAUCUCCCAAGAACCACAAAACCUGACGAGGACACCAAUAGAUCCAAUGACUCCUGCAGCUUUGAGCUUGUGGAAAAUGUUCCUUAUGACCUGCCCUUCGAGAUAAACAGCACUGCAGCCAAACCCUUGUACCAAGUUUGGAAAAGAUUGCUUGAUCUAGCCCAGGAAAAAGUUCAUGUGGCUUCUUUCUACUGGUCUCUCACUGGGAAGGAUAUCGGUGUCAACGACUCCUCUUCCAGGCAGGGWGAAGAUAUUCUGAAGAGGUUUGAGAUGUUACUGGCAGAGAAUGUCUCUUUGUAUAUUGCAGCAAGUUCRCCAACUCUGGCUACAAAAUCAAGGGAUCUUGAGCUUUUAGAGGAAAAAGGGGCUCAUGUGAAAAAGAUUGAUUUUGGACAUCUGACAGGAGGAGUGUUGCAUAGCAAAUUCUGGAUAGUAGACAUGAAGCACAUUUAUAUUGGUAGUGCAAACAUGGACUGGAGAUCUUUAUCUCAGGUGAAAGAGUUUGGUGCUGUGAUGUAUAACUGCAGUUCCUUGGCCAAAGACCUCUGGAAAACAUUUAGUACCUACUGGGAUGUUGGAUAUCCUAAUGCCACCAUCCCAUUCCCUUGGCCUCUUAAUUAUUCUACCCACAUUAACAAUCRCCGGCCUCUGGAAGUAGAAUUCAAUGGAAUCUUGACAGAAGCUUAUUUUUCUGCUUCCCCUCCAGCAUUUUGUCCAGAAGGUCGCACCCAUGACCUCUAUGCUAUCCUCAGUAUUAUCAGUCAGGCACAGAAGUUUGUCUAUGUUUCUGUUAUGGAAUAUUUCCCUACCAGCCGUUUCCUUCAUCCRAAAAGAUACUGGCCAGCCAUUGACAACGCCCUGAGACGUGCAGCUUUCAACCACAGAGUGCAAGUCCGGCUCCUGGUCAGCUGCUGGGCAUACACUGACCCAGCCAUGCUCCACUAUCUGAGGUCCCUGCGUGCUCUCAACAACCCACAUGUCCACAUCAGUGUUGACGUGAAACUCUUCAUUGUUCCAGUUCUGAAUCACACAAACAUUCCUUAUGGGAGAGUGAAUCACAACAAAUACAUGGUCACUGAUAAAGUAGCCUACAUCGGGACUUCCAAUUGGUCAGAAAACUACUUCACUGAUACAGCUGGCGUGGGACUAAUUAUCAAACAGAAUUCGACCAACCCGCAAAGCAGACAACUGCCUGUCCAGGAACAGUUGAAAGACCUUUUUGAUCGAGACUGGAAUUCCAAAUAUGCGGUGAAUCUGGAAGAUGUGCAGGGACAGAAAGACUGUAACUGGAGAGACAGCCUCUGAAGUGAAUUGAAAUGUACAUUUGAAAUAGAAACAAGAAAAUAUAUUUGAAUCUUGUUCCUGUGCAAAUCAAGGGACUUUCAUCUUUUUGCCUUUGUCAGAGAAAUCACUUCUUCAUGGCAUCCACAUUGAUGACAUGAGAAUUUCUGAUGGUUGAAAACCAUUAGUCAGUGUGUGAUGCUUAAUUUUUUUAUGUGAUUACCUCAUUCCCAGAGUUAAUGAAAUUCAGACAGUGUURCAUGACAAGCUGUCUGAUAUUAAAGCAAACAUCAGAGACACAGAUCAUCAUUGCUGUGCUAUUUUAUCUUAGGAAACUAUAUAUUGUAACCGAAAUGUUCCAUUAACAGUGUUUGCUUACAUGUGUUUAAACAUUUUUAAUAAACCACCUUAAGAUUUGAUCCAUGCAUAUCAUCAUCUACAAUAGUGAGGACAGAUUUUUAAAAGCAUUUAGGAAUUUCCAGUGAGUGAUGUGAGUGACACUGGGCUGGGGCUCCAUGGGCCUUGCCAGGGCUGUGCACCUCUGCCUGACACCGGGGGUGGUGCCACUCAAUAUGAUUUACACUUCUGUGAAUACACAAAAAUCCCCACACUAAUCAGGACUUUUAGAGAUGAACCCCAUCAACGUUCCAUUUUUUGAUUUCCAGGCUGCUCCUUAGCGACCUCUUCCAGACACUUCCAAGAUUCUUUAGAGUAUCUUAUCCAUCAUUACAAAUCAAUGCUUUGUGUUACUGGGGAAGAAUUUUUAAGCCAUGUAGUUACAUGUACAGAUAUCCCUGAAAUGUUGUGAGUAUUCACAUACACGUAAAAAUGGGUAAUGUUCAACUAAGGAACAUGCAGGUGCCUCGUGCUCUCACCCCGUUUCCUUACUAGAGUUAGCUUGAAAAUCUUCGUAAGAAGUUACAUAUUCAAACAACGAAACAGUUUUCUGUAGAGGAGUGCAUUCCUCUAGAUGGCACUCAAGUWGUGUUUUUCUGUUUUGGCAGGGCUAGCUAUUGCAGGAGUAAGAAGAAAACUUUUUUCUCUUCCACUUGUGAGCUCAAAUCUGACAGUCCUAGAUUAGUUGUUCAGUGGGACAACGUUUCUGGACAAGCUGGCAGAAUUGUGGCUUAUAUGGCCAUAUAAGCCUUGUAUGGGUUAAGGUUCAGCUUAUAAAAGAAAACCAGAUGUUUAGGAGAGUGCUCUGUUAUU